AUGGAACUCUUGAAUGACACCAGGGGCAGGGGGCGGCCCUCAGCUGAGAAUGUGCAGGCCUGGCCUCUUCCUAAUGGCCCCUGCACUCGGCACUUCCUGAGCAGCCCCGCUCCGCUUCCAUACCUGCCUGCCUCAGGGCUGCCGCAGAUCCGCAAGCAGAGGGCGUAUAACUCAAGUCGUGGGGAGCUCCAGACAGCCCUUUUCUGCAAACUGGACCCCCAGCUGGAGGGAGAGUGGACACCGCCCCCCCAUCCCCUCUCACUGCCUUGUGAUGGGAUCUUAGAGAGGCUGGGCCUCGAAGACUCAGAGGGAGAAGAGCUGGCGAGAGUGGCAGAGGGCACCGGCUUCCCACCCCAGGAGCCACGGCACAGUCCGCAGGUGAAGACGGCCCCCACAAGUUCCCCGGCAGAGCCACACUGCUGGCCGGCAGAGGCUGCCCCGGGCACAGGCGCCGAGCCCACCUGCAGCCAGGCCGCCAGCUCCAAGGCCCCCAGCAGUGGGAGUGCCCAGCCACCAGAGGGUCACCCAGGCAAGGCUGAGGCCAGCCGGGCUAAGUCUCGCCCCCUGCCCAACAUGCCAAAGCUAGUCAUCCCCUCCGCCGCCACCAAGUUCCCCCCUGAGAUCACCGUCACGCCACCCACCCCAACCCUGCUCUCCCCCAAAGGCAGCAUCUCGGAGGAGACCAAGCAGAAGCUGAAGUCAGCCAUCCUCUCUGCCCAGUCUGCUGCCAAUGUGAGGAAGGAGAGCCUAUGCCAGUCGGCCCUGGAGGUCCUGGAGACAUCCAGCCAGGAGUCCUCGCUGGAGAGCGAGACAGACGAGGACGAUGACUACAUGGACAUUUGAGGGGCCACUGCAGCCGCACCGCCACGCCCCAGGGGACCAGCCAGGCCUGGAAUGCCCCCUAUGCCUGGACCCUGGGCAGGACCAGAGGCCCACAUGGAUGCCACUCCCCACACAGCCCCCAGGCCUGCCCAGCCCACCUCCUUAUGGCAUCCUCCCUGUACCCAGGUCAGGCUGUCCACACCGCAUGGGAGCCCAGAGGCGGAGGGGCCCGCCUUAGCCAUGUGAAGGUGGAUUGGUCGCCAUCUGCACGCCAGGCGGCAUCCUUUUCUAUGAAAUGUUGACUUUGUAAAUCUGCCCACACCCAGCUGGCCAUGUCCACCCCUCGACGCCGGGAUGAGCCGGCUCUGCCUCUGUCACAGUGGAGGGGUCCUUUAGGGCCAGGCUCGCCCCUCACCCUUUUUUUGGUUGCUUUUCUAAUAAAGAUGGAACAGUU